CAAUUCCGCCGAUCGAUUGGCUCCGCCUCGCCCUUCUGGACUGAGCCCCGGCGGAGCGGGAGCGGCGGCGGAGCGGGAGGUCAUGAAUGCCUCUCAGGGCACGGUGGGCAGCGACCCGGUCAUCCUGGCCACAGCUGGCUACGACCACACCGUCCGGUUCUGGCAGGCCCACAGCGGCAUCUGCACGCGGACCGUGCAGCACCAAGACUCCCAAGUCAACGCCCUGGAAAUCACUCCAGAUCGCAGCAUGGUCGCCGCCGCAGGCUACCAGCACAUCCGCAUGUACGACCUGAACUCCAACAACCCCAACCCCGUCAUCAACUACGACGGCGUCAGCAAGAACGUGUCGUCGGUGGGCUUCCACGAGGACGGCCGCUGGAUGUACACCGGCGGGGAGGACUGCAUGGCCAGGAUCUGGGACCUCAGAUCUCGCAACCUCCAGUGUCAGCGGAUCUUCCAGGUGAAUGCCCCCAUCAACUGUGUCUGCCUGCACCCCAACCAGGCCGAGCUGAUCGUGGGGGACCAGAGCGGGGCCGUCCACAUCUGGGACCUCAAGACCGACCACAACGAGCAGCUGAUCCCCGAGCCAGAGGUCUGCAUCAACGCCGUCCACAUCGACCCCGAUGCCAGCUACAUGGCGGCCGUCAACAGCUCGGGCAACUGCUACGUGUGGAACCUGACUGGGGGCAUCGGGGAGGAGGUGACCCAGCUGAUCCCCAAAACGAAGAUCCCGGCCCACAACCGCUAUGCCCUGCAGUGCAAGUUCAGCCCUGACUCCACGCUCCUGGCCACGUGCUCGGCUGACCAGACCUGCAAGAUCUGGAGGACGUCCAACUUCUCCCUGAUGACGGAGCUGAGCAUCAAGAGCAGCAACCCGGGAGAGACGUCGCGGGGCUGGAUGUGGGGCUGCGCCUUCUCCGGGGACUCUCAGUACAUUGUCACCGCGUCCUCCGACAACCUGGCCCGGCUGUGGUGCGUGGAGACCGGGGAGAUCAAGCGGGAGUACAGCGGCCACCAGAAGGCCGUCGUUUGCCUGGCGUUUAAUGACAGCGUGCUGGGGUAGCGGCUGGCCGAAGGGGAGACGCCAGACCCCGGCUGCCUCGGUGGGUGGAGGGGUGGACGUGUCCACUUCCCGCCGUCGCUCACCCCAUCCCCGGCAGCGGGCCCCAGGACAGUCUUGGAAAGAUUCUGGUCGGCUUUCUCCAGAAGAAGCCCCCUACAGCCAUGGGUGCGGGGCAUGGACGCAGCCCUCUAGACACGUGGCUGGGUGCGGUCACGUGUGCGUGGGCGCCAUCCCCUCCGUCCUGUCCCCGCCGCGUGCCGGGAAGCACAGCCGGCUGCACGGGGAUGGGGUGUCCAGUACAUCCGUCCACCCAUCCGUCCUCUCCCCAACAGAGGGGAGCUCCAUCGCUCCAGAUUCAUCUCUUCUGCCGCACGGGCCGGAGACGGAGGGUGCUGCCGGCCAGGGUGGGUCAAAGGGUGCCCGCGCCCGGCGCUAGCUGGCUUGGAACCCUCACCCAGUGCCCCCUGGGUGGGGGCCGUCACAAAAACCCACUGUGUCCACACUCCCAGGGUCCCACCCCCUCAGAGGAAUGGUCAGGGCCUUCUGACCAGAGAGCCGCAGCCAGAGGAAGUUAAGGGGAGGGAAAGUUCAUCAAUCAAUCGUAUUUAUUGAGCGCUUACUGUGUGCAGAGCACUGUACUAAGCGCUUAGGGUGUCACCAUCUGAGGACAGAGAGGAAAAUGGCCAGCCGGCCGAGGGCCGCCCCUCCUACUCUUCCCCAGGGCCCUUGCUUUUUUGGGGGGAAGAGAGGGGAAUGGAUGGCGCGAAGAACAGAGAAGGGGCCCCAGCCACCGUUGGGGAAUCACUUUAUUUCAGGCCUGGGCUGGGGAGGCCCCCGGACUGAUGGGAGGGUCCCGGGGCGGCACUUCCUACUCUAACCCGGACCCCUGGCCGGAUGCUGUUUGCUUAAUUAAUAAGUAAACCAUCCC